CGUCACCAACUUCUCUCUCUUUCUGAAAUUCUCUGAUCAAGUAGAGAUUUGCUUCUUCCUUCUUCCUCCUCCUUUUAGAUUUGAGUUGAUUUUUGAACCUGAUUAGCAGAGAAUUUUUAGAGAGAAUGGGAGCUUGUUUAUCUAAUGUGAGGGGUGGAGUGGCGGAGGUGGGUGGGCUUUUGCCAACUACGGUGGCCGAAGGUGUUGAUGCUGUCGAUUAUGACUUCGACAAAGCUCAUCAGAAUACUAACGUUGAGCUAUGUUUAUCUGCUAGAAAGUUGUCUGAUCAUCUCAGCUUCUUCUCAAAGAGAUAUCUGAUGGCUGUAUUAUUCAAAACGUCAAUAGAAGGUGAACUUGAAGAGGUUGGUCGUACAGAGGAGGUCAUGAAUGAUUCGGACCUGAAUCUUUAUUGGUCUGAUAAAAUUUGUAUUUGUUAUCGGUUUGGGGCUCUACAGGAGCUAACCGUCCGAGUCUAUGAUGUCAAUUCUAGAUCUCAAACAGUAUCUACAAAGGAACUUCAGCUGCAUGAGUUGGGACUUGUUGCAGAAUUCAGAUGUCACCUAUCAAAGAUCGUCCGUAGUCAAACGGAAAUUACUGUAAAGCCAUACAACUACCAGUUUCAACAACCAAUAGACAAUUUAGUUAUUCGCGGAGAGGAGACUGCCGCAUCUAGAGGCACUUAUAUGAAAAUCUUAUUUCGUUCUUCUCUAGAUAUUGGACUCUACGACCGAUAUAUUUCUAGAAAGAAACAAGUUCUGAAGAUAUUGAAAGUGGUUGAUGGAGAGUCUAUUCCAAUAUGUGAUGAGGCAGAAGUUGUGAAAACAGAUCAGAAUCCUACAUGGAGUGUCUCUCUUAGUAUGCAGAAAAUUCUUAGCAAGGAUUAUCCAUUAGUCAUCCAAGUUUUCAACAAAAACAGCGGAACCUUGUUUGGCAAGUUCCAGGCAUCAAUAUCAGAGCUAGAACAGUUUCAUAGUGAGAAGGUUGCUAUCAAAUCUGAUAAACCACACGAUCAUGGUCCAGGAAAGGCUAUCGCGCCCCAGCUUUUUGUUGAUGAUUUAUCAGUAAUACAACCAGUUACCUUUUGUGAUUAUCUAUCUAAAGGGUUUGAGCUCCGUUUAAUGGUUGCUAUUGAUUUUACUGUAUCAAAUGGAGACCCUAAAAGCCCAAAAUCCAAGCACUACAUUGAUCCCUCGGGCAAUCUGAAUACAUAUCAGCAGGUUAUAAAGUUAGUUGGCGAUGGACUUGAACCUUAUGACUCAAGCCAACAAAUUCCGGCUUGGGGUUUCGGAGGAAAGAUGGAUGGGGAAGGCUGCUUUAACUUAUACAGCAACAAAGACAAUAAUAAGGCUGGGGUUGAAGGUAUUAUGGCCGCCUAUAAAUCUGCUGUCCAAAGUGUUGUACUUGGCGGACCAGCCAAACUGAGCAAAGUGAUCAAUAAGGCUUGUGAUGAUAUAUCUGAGACUCUUACUCUCAUGAGUUAUAAGUACAACAUUCUACUGAUUUUGACGGAUGGAGACUUAUUUGAUAUUCAACCAACUAUUAAAUCUUUGGUAAAAGCGUCUGCUUUGCCCUUGUCAAUCCUCAUCGUUGGCGUGGGUGAUGUCGAUUUCAAGGAAAUGAAGACGAAUCUUAUUCGUGACAAUGGACAUCCAUUGGAAAGUUGCGAAGGGCGUGUAGCAACAAGAGACAUGGUAACGUUUAUGUCAAUCAAUGAAGUUCCUGCAGGAGCAUCUAUUGUUGAGACCCUUUUUGAACACAUACCUGAACAAUUCAUGAAAUAUUGGCAGCUCUAUCAAACAUGUCUUACCGGAGUACAUUCCUUGAACGGCUUCAAGAGUUCAAGUCAUGCUCAAAUUAUACCUGGCUUGAGUUAACCCAUACUCUGCUUUUUUUUUAUUUUUUUAUUAUUAUUAUGAUAAUAUCUAAAUAUGGAUGACUAUUAUCCAUGUACAACUUAGAAUAUUCUACAGUUGGGUAUUUGGUCUUAUCCAUUGAUGGAACCCUAGAAAAUGUACAUUAUAUAUAUCCCGUAGUAGAUGGAAUAUAAAAUACAACGUAAAAAAUCUUCCCUCAUCUCUCUUU